AGCAUCUCCCUCACCGUUGCGACGACACCCCUUUGCGCUGCUCCAGGAGCGUUUUCUUCGUGACACUCCCGCAAACGAACAGCCCCCAUUCCGAUUUCUCAAAAUCUUGUCUGAUUCACCGAAAAAAAAAAUCAGUCAUCAUGGUGCUUCUCGACCUGCUGACGUUGGGACUCUGGUCAAAGGUUGGACGUUUGACACACUAUGCUUUUGACGCCGUUCUCCUCUCGGCUUUUCUCGCCGGUGUGAAGCGGUCAACCGGCUUGACCUUCAAGAGCGACAAAGUUGCCGGCGAAAACAAAGAAGUCUCCAGGUGGAUCGACAAGUAUCUCGGCGUCGGCGAGUGGGUGAUGGAUCAGUCUGUCGCCAUUGCCGGCUCCAGCGGCUUCUUUGAGCGCAAGCGAUGAUUUUCUCUCAUGAACCAAUCACAUCAUCUCUGUUCUUUGAGGUGCCAAAAAAUGUCGAAUAUAUCCAACUGGUAGCAUCGCAGCAAUGGGUAGUUCCGAGCUAUCCAUCUCAAAUCCAGGAGUGAUGCUGUGAGAGCUCCCAGGGUAGCUUUUUUUUUUUUUUUUUUAAGAAAACAGAAAAAUAGUGCAAGUGCGUUUGGAGACCUUGCUGGAUCUUUUGAUAGCCGUUCUUGGUCAGAGGCAAGAGAGACAUGCCUCCACCGAAUUCAUAGUUCGUUUUGAGUUAUUGAUGAUGGAUGAACCGCAUUGUGGUCAAUGUUUUGUGCGGGCGUUUGAAGGGAAACAACCGGAUUUUUUUACUUCCUCUUUUUUCCACUCUUAUUUUAUUUGAAUGCGGAAUAUGAUGAAAUGACUCAAUGUGUUAAAAGAAGAAGAAAAAUACAAAAGAAUAAAGAAAAUUUAUCGAGACGCUUCCUGCUCUUA